GUUACACCUGCCGUAACAUCUCCACCUCCACUGCUCUUCAGACUCGAACCCACGUGAGCUAUGACAUCAAAGGGGACGUCGCUGUCGUACGCUUCCACACCCCCAACUCCAAGGUGAACACUCUCUCCAAACAACUGAGCUCAGAGUUUACGGAGGUGAUGAAUGAGAUCUGGGCCAACGAGGCUGUCAGAAGUGCUGUCCUCAUCUCUUCAAAGCCAGGCUCCUUCAUUGCUGGAGCAGAUAUCAACAUGAUCGAAGCCUGCAAGAAGUCUCAGGAAGUGACUCAGCUCUCUCAGGAAGGACAGAAGAUGCUAGAAAAACUUGAGCAAUCUCCAAAGCCCAUAGUUGCUGCCAUCAGUGGCUCCUGCCUGGGAGGAGGACUGGAGCUUGCCAUCGCCUGUCAGUACAGAAUAGCAACAAAGGACAGGAAAACUGUCUUGGGAACACCUGAAGUGUUACUGGGUCUCCUGCCAGGGGCAGGGGGCACUCAGAGGCUGCCCAAGAUGGUGGGGCUCCCUGCUGCCUUCGACAUGAUGCUGACAGGCAGGAACAUCCGUGCUGACAGAGCCAAGAAGAUGGGGCUGGUUGACCAGCUGGUGGAGCCCCUAGGGCCAGGCCUGAAGGCUCCAGAGGCACGCACCAUUGAGUACUUGGAGGAGGUGGCCAUUGACUUUGCCAGAGGACUAGCCAACAGGACUGUGUCUGCCAGAAGAUCAAAAGGGCUAAUGCAGAAGAUCACAGACUAUGCCAUGGCUCUUCCCUUUGUGAGGCAGCAAGUCUACAAGACAGUGGAGAGCAAAGUUCAGAAGCAAACCAAAGGACUCUACCCUGCCCCACUGAAGAUCAUUGAGGUUGUAAAGACAGGUCUGGACCAGGGGAGAGAUGCUGGAUACCUCAGUGAAUCCCAGGGCUUUGGCCAGCUUGCCAUGACCAAGGAGUCCAGGGCGCUGAUUGGGCUUUACCACGGGCAGGUGCUCUGCAAGAAGAACAAGUUUGGGACACCUCAGAAGGAGGUCAAAACCCUGGCAGUGCUGGGAGCAGGGCUCAUGGGAGCUGGCAUCGCCCAGGUCUCGCUGGAUAAGGGACUAAAGACCAUCCUGAAGGACACAGCCCAGCAAGGCCUGGACAGAGGACAGCAGCAGAUCUUCAAGGGGCUGAACGACAAGGUGAAGAAGAAGAGUCUGACAUCUUUUGAGAGGGACUCCAUUCUCAGCAACCUGACAGGCCAGCUGAACUACGAGGGCUUUGAGAAGGCAGACAUGGUGAUUGAGGCUGUCUUUGAGGACAUCAACAUCAAGCACAAAGUCCUGAAGGAAGUGGAGGCUGUGAUCCCAGCUCACUGCAUCUUCGCCAGUAACACAUCUGCCCUCCCCAUCAGCAAAAUUGCUGCUGCCAGCAAGAGGCCAGAGAAGGUGAUUGGGAUGCACUACUUCUCCCCUGUGGACAAAAUGCAGCUCCUGGAAAUCAUCACCACAGACAAAACAUCCCAGGACACAGCAGCUUCUGCUGUCGCUGUUGGCCUCAAGCAGGGCAAGGUUGUCAUCGUGGUGAAGGACGGGCCUGGCUUCUACACCACGCGCUGCCUGGGGCCCAUGCUGGCAGAAGUGGUCCGAGUUCUCCAGGAGGGCAUUGACCCAAAGAAAAUCGACGCCAUCUCCACGGCCUUCGGCUUCCCGGUGGGCGCCGCCACGCUCAUCGACGAGGUGGGGGUGGACGUGGCCACCCACGUGGCUGAGGACCUGGGCAAGGCCUUUGGCGAGCGCUUCGGGGGGGGCAGCAUCGACCUGUUCAAGCUGAUGGUGCAGAAGGGCUUCCUAGGUCGCAAGGCGGGGAAAGGAUUUUACAUUUACCAGGAGGGGGUGAAGAACAGGAGCCUGAAUUCUGGCAUGGAUGAGAUCUUGGAACGGUUCAAGGUGACAGCCAACCCUGAAGUCUGCACGGACGAGGACAUCCAGAUGCGCCUGGUGACGAGGUUUGUGAACGAGGCAGCCAUGUGCCUGCAGGAGGGGAUCCUCAGCAACCCCGUGGAGGGAGACAUUGGUGCCGUGUUCGGCCUGGGCUUCCCACCAUGCCUGGGAG